ACCAAUUUUGCACGACCUAACCUAUAUUAACUGUCAAAUCUAAAUAAAAAAAAAUAAAAAUUAUUGUUAUAAAUAAAAAAUUAAUUAUGGAAAUCGUUAAUUCAAACGUAGCAACUUUGAGUAACUUUGAGGUUAUGUCGCAUCUACAAAAAAUUAAGGAUACCCAAAGGAAGCAAAAAGGGCAAUUAGCGACGAUUACUUACGAAACGCUAAGAUUCUUGGAGAACUCCCCGUGCUCCAAAUUGAAUUCCUCCAACGUUAUCGAUUGUAUCAAAGCUUUGGAUGCGUUCAACUUAAAAAAACGCGAGAAAUUAAUGAUCGUUAAUAACCCCCCGGCGACUCCUUUAGAAAUUCAAUUGUUAGUCGAAGAAAGUGAAGAAAGAUUAUCAGAAGAUCAAGUACAAUUAAUUUUAAACAUUUGUGUGAAAUAUUUGGGGGUGACAUUAAAAGAGGCUGAACCGGAGGAAGAGGAGGAAGAAAAUUAAAUAAAUUAAGGAUUUAAAAAAUUUGUAUUAUUUUUUUAUUAAUAACAAAAAAAAUUAUUUCGGG